UUAAGCCCAACAUAACGGAUGUAGGGUUCUACAAAUAUAGAAUCAGGCUUUUAAGUUUUGGUAAAAAAGACAUAAAAUAUUAUAUUAAGAUUAAAUAAUCGAAUUCUGUUUUUAUUUCAAAAAAAUAAAAAAAAAUAAAAAAAAUAAAAAAUUAAAAAAUUAAAUCACUUACAGUAAUGACUUUAAAACACUCCAUAUCAAAAAAGUGGCAACGUGUCACAGAGUCGAGAUAUACAAUAGCAUUCGUAGUAAUAUCAAUUAUACAGGCCAUAACAUUGAUUACCCUACAAAUUCGAAUAUUAUCUCGUAAUACGAAUAUAUUCCUUUCCAUUUUAGACCAAGAAGAAUGUUCUUUGGCUAGCCAAAUAUUUGCAUGCCUAAUGUUUGAAAGUAUUAUGUUUGUUGUAUUUAAUUUAUACCUACUGUAUUUUUGUUUGAAUGCGAUUUUCCAUCAAAAUUUCGUACAACUUUAUACGAUUAUCGUGAUUAAUGGUAUAGAAGUAAUUCUCGGAAUCAUCCAAAUGAUUGGAGUGAAAAUAAACGUAACUAAAAUCGAAUCGAAUUGUCCGAACAUUCAAAUAGAUUACACCAUUAAAUCGUAUGAAUUGCCUCACAUUAUAGCUUUAGCGAUUAUAGCGAUUACUUUGGGUGCAUUAUUUUUUGGAAAGUUAUCUCAACAACUUGAUUGGGAUAUUUAUAAGAAGAUUGGUGGUGACAUUGAAGUUAGAAAGCGGUACAAAACAAUUCUAAUUUUCGAAAUGUUAUUAAAAAUUGAUUUAUUUUUCGUAAUUUUAUAUGGUUCCAUAACAGCUCCGCUUGUAUUUUAUGAUUUCGUAACAUCGUAUGAUCAAUAUAAUACUGGUUUUAAAGUUUUUGUUUUUGUAUGUCUGUCAAUUUUGAUCUUGGUAUUUUUCUUUCAAGCAUUAGCGUAUAAAUCGAUAAGAAAAGAAUGGAAAGUCGGAAUGAUCAUUUUUAUUAUAUUCUGGAUAUUUGCUUUAUUAGAUUUCUGUUAUUUGACUAUUGAUUUUGGAAUACUCAUGAUUAAACUUGGAAUAUAUUCUUGGGCAAUAUUAUUGUGCUUUUUAAUAAUUUGUGCAAUAUUAACAUUUAUAUAUGCAAUAAUUGUGACAAGAAAUUUCAAUAAAGGUUUAAAAAAAUACCUUAAUAAAAAAAAGAAAACUGAACAAAAAGAGUCAAAUAUUUUACCUGAUAAUGAUGAUAAUAUUAAAGAUGUUCAAGAUAUUGAAGAUGGAUCAGGUGGUAAUAAUAAUAAUAAUACGAAAAAACUUUUUACUAUUGAUGAUUGAUUUUUCUUUUAUGGUAUUAUUCAUCAUAUAAUUUUAUUAAUGUUAUCCAAAAAAAAAUUGCAAAAUUAAAAAGUUAAAAAGUAUUUUUUAACUUUAUAUUUUCAUUAUUUUUAUAAUUUUUUAGAAAUAUCUAAUAUUAGUAAAUAAAAUGAAUUAAAAUAAAUAGAAAAUUUUAU